AUGUUAUCUAGAACCGCAAUUCGUCGUACUUUCUCAACUUCAUCUCAUUCUUUGAAGAAUUUGAAAAUUGGGUUGAUUCCAGGUGAUGGUAUUGGUCGUGAAGUUAUUCCUGCUGGUAAAGCAGUUUUGGAAAAUUUACCUUCAAAAUUUGAUUUGAAAUUUGAUUUUGUCAAUUUAGAUGCUGGGUUCGAAUUGUUCCAAAAAACUGGUACUGCUUUACCGGAUGAAACUGUUAGAGUCUUGCAGAACGAAUGUCAAGGUGCUUUAUUCGGUGCUGUUUCAUCCCCUUCAACUAAAGUUGCCGGUUAUUCUUCCCCAAUCGUUGCUUUGAGAAAGAAAAUGGGGUUAUAUGCUAAUGUUAGACCAGUUAAAUCUGUUGCUGGUUAUGAUAGAUCAGUCGAUAUGGUUAUUGUUCGUGAAAAUACGGAAGAUUUAUAUAUUAAAGAAGAAAAGACUUAUACCAAAGAAGAUGGUACUAGAGUUGCCGAAGCCAUCAAAAGAAUUACCGAAACUGCCACCACUAGAAUUGCCAAAAUGGCUUACGACAUUGCUUUACAAAGACAAACUAUUAGAGAAGCUAACCCAAAUUUAAAAUCUUUGCACGAAAAACCUUCUGUUACCGUUACUCAUAAAUCGAAUGUCUUAUCUGCUUCUGACGGGUUAUUCCGUGAAGUUUGUCGUAGGGUUUAUGAUUCUAAUCAUGAACUUUACGGUUCUGUCCAACACAAGGAACAAAUUGUGGACUCAAUGGUUUAUCGUAUGUUUAGAGAACCAGAAAUUUUUGAUGUCGUGGUUGCUCCUAACUUAUAUGGGGAUAUUUUAAGUGAUGGUGCCGCUGCUUUAGUUGGUUCUUUAGGGGUCGUUCCUUCUGCUAACGUUGGUGAUGACUUCGCAAUUGGUGAACCAUGUCAUGGUUCUGCUCCUGAUAUUGAAGGUAAAGGUAUCUCUAAUCCAAUUGCUACCAUUAGAUCAACUGCUUUAAUGUUAGAAUUCAUGGGCCACCCUGAAGCCGCCGCUCAAAUCUAUGAAGCUGUUGAUGCUAAUUUGAUUGAAAACCAAGUUAAAACCCCAGAUUUAGGUGGUAACUCUACCACUCAACAAGUUAUUGAUGAUAUCAUCAAACGUUUCUAA